GGGGCAGCACGACCACAAACCAGCGACCCUGCUGAAGGAAGCAAAUCGAAACUCCUCAAUGAGUUCACCUUCAGAUAAAUAGUUUGUCCCCCCUCCUCCUGCCUUUUUCUCUGAAGACUUAUUUUAAUCGUUUGGUGUCUUGACAAAAUGAAUGGCUCUCUGCACUCCUCCUCCAACGUGGUGGACAUUAAACUGAAGCGAGGACCGGCGGGCUUGGGCUUCAAUAUAGUUGGGGGCGUGGACCAGCAGUAUGUUGUGAAUGACAGUGGCAUAUAUGUGUCCAAAAUAAAAGAAGAUGGAGCUGCAGGGUUGGAUGGGAGACUCCAGGAGGGGGACAAGAUCCUGGCGAUCAAUGGAAUCAUGCUGGCGGAUCGGACACAUAAAGCUGCGGUGGAGCUGUUCAGGACGGCGGGGGAGGACGUGGAGCUCCGUGUUCUGAAAAAGUUUCCCCCUCACAUGAACGGACCCUCAGGCUCACAACCCGAACAACAAUCUCCCGUGUCUCUUUGGGGAAUACUGGCUGCUCUAGCAGGAGCUGCAGCCCUCUUUUCAUUCCUUUACAUUCGGCACACUAAGAAGCACUUUUAACUAAGCUGGCGACGACUGCAUGUUAUUUUUAAGAUCAAAAACUUUGCUAAAGGCCAAAGAAGUGAAAGAGGGAACAAACUCUAAACAGUAGACCUUUUUUUUUUUUUUUUUUUUUUUUUUGAUUAGCCAGUGUUGGUGUCACUGAUGAGUUCCUCCAUGUUCAUGUUUAUUAUGUGAUUAAUGGUAGCUUCUUGACACCCUUCCUAUGCAAAAGGAUGCUCUCUUACCACAGAGAUUACUCCUAAUAGAUAACUUUAUGAUGGUGAGGAGAUGAAGAAGGAUGUACACAUGACAUUCCUGCUGCUGGGCUGAGCUGGGAGAAACAAACGGCUUCCCAAGACACAGAGGUAGCAUAUAGAAAACUAUUAAAACCUUGGGUCGAGUCAGACCGACUCAAGCUUCAGGGUCCGCUCGCAAACUGAAAGACAGUGUUGUGUUCAUCCACUCGUGGGCCUCCCUGCACCUCCAUCACUGAAUGGCAGAUUUGUCUGAGGGAGGCGACGAGAGAGGAACCCAUUCCUGUAAUUUCAGUUUGUCUGUGUUCAGAGGUCAUGUGACUGGGUUUGAUUUUCAUUUUGCUCUAUUGCACAGAAUCACAAAAGCUGCUUAUAUUUAGCUGGAGGUUUAAAAAGCCUGUAGUUAAUGUGAUAAAUUGUGUCUCGUACUGGACUUUUUGAGUGCCUUGUUCUGUCUGUUUUAAGUAGCUGGUUCUUGUUGCUCCUUAUCGUUGAUCAGAAUGAAAAUCAACCCACUGUGUCCAUUAAUACCAUUAAAUUAAAGGGUGCAGCUGGAGAUUUUCUUUUUUCUUACUGUCAACAAGCUCCAAACAGCCUGAGUUAGUCCAUCUCUUUCUGUUUCCCUCAACCACAUGCCUGUCGGGCAACUGGGCACUGUAGGUUUUAGCAAAUGUUACUAAAAAAACAGGAGAAUAGUGCAUUUAUCUGGGGCUUUUUUCAAGUGCGGAUGAAUACACACACUGAGUAUUUCUGGCAGUAAGACAGUGUGUAUGUGAUUGAGUCAAAAUAAACAACAAUGCCCAUGUUUAUCUUAAUGAAGGGACUCUGUGCAGUGGUGUGGCUUGUUUUUAAUAACACACAACAAGACAAGAAGACAGACAACAAUGGAGCCCUGUGGCACAGAGGAAUAAGAUAAAUAAAUAAAUAAAUAAAGUCAGUUAAUCAUUGGGAUUUGUCGACAGUAAGAAAAAAACAGAUUAUCACUAGACUUGUUCUUUGAAGCAAAAUACAUUUGUUCGGAGUAUCACCAAGAAGUUUCACAUUGAAGAGUUUAUUAUGAAGAGUCACACGUUCACUCAGGGUGAACCAUUAAAUAUAUAUAUUGUGGUGAGCAGCCCACUUCCUAUUGUCCAGUCACAGCUGAUAAGUCUCUGAGAGAUGUUUCCAUGUUUGCCAUUUUAAAACAUUCGCCUAAUUUUGCAUGGAGGCCUGUGCUUGUAAUCACACCACACCUUUUGCUUGGUGAUUUGUCUUGUGGGGUGAAUAUGAAAAUUGGAGUAUGUUCUUUGGUGUGAAGGACCAAUAGCUUAAUACUGAAAAGCAGCUUGAGCCAGUUCCCUUUAAAGGAGAGUUUUCUGAGAUAUGAGUUGCUGUCAAAAGACUUUAAAUGUUUAUUUUCUUUUUUGCACUAGCCACAAUCAUGGAACUCCUCCAGUUAACGGCCAUAGAGCAGAUGAAUCGUAUGAAUUGUGUGUGCUGGGUGUAUUUGUCCACGUUUGUCAGUCUGCAGCGCGUCUAUCAUUUAAUUGUCUCUGACAAUAUGUGGCUCUUGUUGUCUGUAAAUACAUUUUGUGUCGCUCUGCUGAUUGGGACUGUGAAUAUGUGCAGUAUGCCAGAAAAGUAGAUCUGAAGCACUACUAAAUUAUGCAAAUACUGUGUGUUUGACAUCCAAGCACUCAUUAAAAUUCAUGUUGAAUUCA